AAAAAAUAAUUUUUUUGUUGAUCUGUUUCAGAUACUGAUUGUUGUACACGACAGUGUUGUGGCCCAGGGAGACCUUUUGAAAUGAAAAUCCUGAACAAUCAGCAGCAAGAAAUUGUACACUUGACUCGUCCUCUGCGUUGUCAAUCUUGCCUAUUUCCAUGUUGUCUUCAAGAGAUUGAGGUUCAAUCACCACCUGGAACAGUCCUUGGUUACUGUGCUCAAGAAUGGUCAAUAUGUAUUCCUAAGUUUGCCAUCCAGAAUGCCGACAGGGAAACAGUGCUCCGAAUUGAAGGGCCUUUCUGCCAGUGCAAUCUCUGUGGAGAUGUUGAAUUUCAGGUAAUGAUCAACAACAUUGUGGUGGAAUUUUCAGUCGUUGGCAUUUCCUUAGGCUACACUUAUGAAUCUGUUUUCACGCAGUAUUUGAUGUAAGAUUAACAAAAAUAAGGUUACAGUCA